AUGCUUUCUCUAACCUCGUCGCCUCAGUUCAUAGAGAAUCGUAGAAGAGAGUCCGCACGGCCAGUGUUUGCACGUCCGUGGAGCAAAGAGACACCAGUAAUUGAGCUGAGCAUUCCGGAGGAGCUACCUGAAGGGCACGUUAUCUACACUCUGCCUGCGGUUAAUCCCCUGGAUGGAUCACUGGUUCCGUCAAGAAUGGAGGGCGAUAUGAAGGACGCUUUCAGUCUUGACCCGUCAACAGGAGCGAUUUCGAUCGCCCAUCGCCUGGACGUGGAUAAUAUGGUGCCCUCCGAUCGUGUUAUGUCGCUCAAAUUCACAACGGGCUCGAAUGGAUAUGAAUCCGUAGCGGAGCUGAAAAUCACCGUUGUGAAUAUGGACGAUAACGCACCUGUCAUAGAGAAAGAAGGUCUCAAUAAUGAGCUCCCGAUUCCUGAAAACCUUCCGCCGCUCACAAUAAUCGCGCGCCUCCAAGUUAGCGACGAUGAUGGAUUGAGCAAUGUGGACGAGUUUACGGUGGAGAAGUCCGGCAUUGGUAGCGAGAUGUACUCCGCUUCUAUUGUAUGA